CGACACGUUAUACGCGCCUGCAGCCCGCGACGCGUUCUAUCACCUCCUCCUCCAUCUCGGGGGUCUUCGCUCAUUACACCAUGGAAUUCUCUGCUUUGAACUCAGGCAGCAACGCCGUUUCGACGAAGCACCUCGUCCUCUCGGAAAUCCUCGCCGUGACGUCUGUCAUGCGCAAGAACUCGAGAUGGGCACUGUCAACCCACUCGUUUAGCACUCGCGAAUCCGCGCUUGCGAGCAGCCUCGGACUCAGACGUAUCAGACAAGAGUCAGCAAACCAAUCGAUGAAGCGCGGGAGCACCGAGCAGGACCUCAUGGCUGGCUUUCAGGAUCUGAAGCGGUUGUUGAAGGACGUAGAAGCUGUAGCUGAUCUGCCCCUUCCUACCAUUCUCUCCCCUUUCUGCGCGAUCAUCCGCUCGCCGUUGUCGACUGGGCCUAUCACUUCCAUGGCCCUCACUUCACUGCAUAACUUCUUUGUCUGCGGUCUCAUUCAUCCAGAUGCCUUGUCUCUAUCUUCUGCUUUGUCAGAACUGAGCAACGCAAUCUCGCGCUGCAAGUUUGAGACGAGCGACUCUUCCGGCGACGAAGUUGUAUUGCUCAAGAUUAUGACUGUCAUCCAUGACGCACUCUGCGGACCGGUCGGGGACCUGUUGGGAGACGUGGAAGUAUGCGAGAUGCUGGAGACAGUAUUGACGACGUGUUGCCAAAUGCGACUCAGUGAGAUCCUACGUCGGUCAGCAGAGGCUACCAUGCAUGCACUCGUGCGAACUGUAUGCUCCGAGUUGCAUGUCUUGGACCCUGUCGCCGAGGAGGCAAAACUUGCGGAUAAUGGCUAUGACGUGGAAGAACAGGAAGGCAAGAUGAACGUCAAGGCUUCCACUCAAGACAUACCCUCCUCGAGUGCCGGAGCUGAUGGAGAUGCGGAGACCCUGCGGACACCACGCCCUACAGAUGGUCUACCACGAUAUGGACUAGCCUCCAUCGUAGAGCUCCUUCGAGUGGUCAUCAAUGUCCUUGACCCCAACGACCCCUUGCAUACAGACUCCAUCCGCUUAACCGCUCUGCGUAUCCUCAAUGUCGCGCUCGAAGCCUCAGGAUCGCAUCUUUGUGCAUUCCCUUCGAUUACGGCACUCAUCGUGGACCAAGGAUGCAAGUUCCUCUUUCAGCUUGCCCGCUCAGACAACUUCGGCGUGUUGCAAGCAGCUUUGCGUGCCAUUGCCACCAUGUUCGAGAUCAUGCGUCCCAAGCUGAAGCUACAACAAGAAUUGUUCUUGGCGUUCUCCGUCGACAGAUUAGCUCCGCCGCCGCCUGCUAAGGGCCAGUCGACGCCUAUUCCACCACAUCUGGACGCGGAUGCGGAGAAGCCACCGCCUACGCCCAGGUUGCUCGUUGCGCCGGCCAAGGGCGACACUCGCGAGCUCUUGCUGGAGACGCUUUGCUUGAUCUCACGGCAUCCGAGCUUUAUGGUCGACCUAUACAUUAACUACGACUGCGACAUGAACUGUGAGAACAUGUUCGAGCGUGUCACCGAGUUUGCGACGAAGGGCAUUUACCCCGUGGAAGCUUUGGGCGGGCGUGAAGUCAACCAGCGAAAUGCGCAAGAUCUGUGUCUGGAUAUCGUCCUCGGAUUUGUGAACCAUAUGGCGUCUCGAGCUGAAGGUCAUAGUGAACCAUGGCCAUCUCACUUCGUCUCACCUGAAGAUCUCCAGCACACCAAGUCGCGCAAGAAACUUGUACUCACGGGCACAGCGCGCUUCAACACGAAGCCAAAGACGGGCAUAUCGUUCUUGGAAGAGAAUAAACUGAUUUACACGGAUCCGAAUGAGCCACGACCUCUCAGCCUCGCGAAGUUCCUGAAGAACUCCGCCAGAAUGGACAAGCGGCUUUUGGGUGACUUCCUGAGCAGGCCAGAUAACAUCGACGUCUUGAAGGCAUUCAUGGGCUUGUUCGACUUCAAAGACAAAUCCGUCGCAGAUGCUAUGCGGGAGCUGCUCGAAACCUUCCGAUUGCCGGGCGAAUCUCAGCAGAUCAAUCGAAUUACGGAGACAUUCGCAGAGGUUUACUUCGCCACUGGCGCUGCCGAGACUAAGUCGCAGGACGCAGUAUACGUCCUCGCGUAUUCGAUUAUCAUGCUGAAUACGGAUCUGCACAGUCCCCAGAUCAGAAAACGAAUGACAAUCGAUGAUUACAAGCGCAACUUGAAGGGUGUCAAUGAUGGUUCAGACUUCUCGCCGGAGUACCUUCAAAACACCUAUGACUCUAUCCGAAAGCGGGAGAUCAUCAUGCCUGAAGAGCACACUGGUCAGGCGGGUUUUGAGUACGCGUGGAAAGAACUCUUUGCCCGUUCGCGGCAAGCAGGGGAGCUCAUGACGUGCAACAACUCCAUUUUCGACGUCGAUAUGUUCAAGACAGUCUGGAAGCCUGUUGUGUCAGCCAUCGCAUAUGCGUUCAUUACUUUCGACGACGACUACAUCAUUGAGCGUGCCAUCACUGGAUUCCGACAAUGCGCCACUCUCGCUAGACACUUCGGCAUGGCGGACGUCUUCGACUACGUCGUCGUGCAGCUGUCGCAGGCGACAGGUCUCGUCUCUGAGCUACCGUCGUCACAAGUGCCCAACUGGCCGGCUGUCGAGGUCGACGGACAAAGCGUGACCGUAUCGUCACUGUCAGUGAAGUUUGGGACGAACCUCAAGGGACAGCUUGCCGCGGUCGUGCUGUUCAACAUCGUGAAUGGGAAUGGGAAUGCCUUACGAGAAGGCUGGACCCAGAUUUUUGAGAUGUUCCAGACGCUGUUCAUCCACUCCCUCUUGCCAACUCGCAUGCUCCAAAUGGAAGACUUCCUCGGAGGCGUGUCCAUCAUCCCCCUACGUCGUUCUCAGCCCGCACGUCAACCACCACGCUCUGACGGCCUGCUUUCUGCGUUAUCGUCCUAUCUCAUGACGCCUUACAGCUCGAGCGCAGAAGCGCUCGUGCCGGAUGCGAAUGAUGCCGACGUGGAGAACACGUUGUCUACCAUUGAUUGUAUCACGAGUUGUCGACUCGAUGAACUGUACAGCCAGAUUCUACAGCUGGACGUUGAGGCGCUUGUUGCUGCGAUACGUGCGCUGGAGGCUCUCGCGCAUGAACGUACUGUGGCUCGCUUGAAGCAAGAGGCAGAUGAAAUACCUGCAGGAGGUACAUAUCAGGAAGGUCCUUAUUCACUCCCAUAUGACCCUGCGUCCAUAUUCCUGCUGGAGACCAUGGUAAGCAUCGCAUGUCAAACGUCGCAACAUAUCGAGGAGCUGUGGCCAGUCAUUUUCGAGCAUCUGUCUGCAUUGCUAUCCACCCCGUUGCAGUACAGCAUCCUACUCAUGGAGCGUGCGGUGGUCGGAUUACUUAGGCUUUGCUUCAUUCUGGCCGCAAAGCCGUCCUUACGUGACCAAGUCUUCGUCUCCUUCGAUCUUCUUGCUGGUCUGCCUGCCCAGAUUGCGACAUCUGUCGCCGAACAGGUCGUUGUGGGUCUCAUCCGCAUCGCACGCACGCACCAAGACAUUGUCCGCUCCUCGACGGAAUGGAACCUUGUCUUCGCGCUUCUGCGAUCAACAUUGGGCAAUCCCGAGGCCGCACGACAGGCGUUCGAGUUGGUCAGUGCACUGGCGGGUGAUGGACCGGAGCAAUAUGUGACGGGCGAUAAUUUCCCUGGCCUGGUCGCCGUGCUGGAUGAGUUCAUGACGGCAGCAAGCAUGGCAGUCGAAGCUCAACAGCAGGGUCGGCGCAAUCAGGCGCUCAAUGCAUCGAAUUCGCCUAUUGUCGAGCGAGGUCGGAAGGCGAUUGACAUACUGGCUGAGAUGAAGAAGUUCUGGAAUCGCUUCGCGGAGACGGGCGUACCGCAGGAUCAAAUAUGGAGUCAACAUGCGAUGCCAUUAGUUGCCUGUCUGGGUCGGCACUCUAUCAAUGUCUCGCGCGAGAUUCGACAUACGGCGUUGGUUCACUUGCAACGCGUCGUACUUGGACCGUUCCUUCCUCUGGAUACAUCGAACCACGCGCAGGUGGAGGAGCUCUUCCGGAGGGUAGUGUUUCCGCUUCUGGAGGAACUACUUAAACCUCAAGUACUCAUGCGUGAUCCCAUGAGUCUCCCUGAAACGCGGUUGAGGGCCAGUGCCCUGCUGUGCAAAUCCUUCAUGCAUCUGGAAGCGCGGGAGGGACAAAGCGCAGAUGUCAAGGCGCUGUGGAUGCAAGUCUUAGAUUUACUUGAUCGACUAAUGCACGUCGACCGGCGGGACCAACUGUAUGAAGCGAUCCCCGAAUCUCUCAAGAAUGUUGUCCUGGUGAUGAAUGCGACGGGAUUGUUGGUCCAGCCUGCAAACCCAGAUACACGCAAUGAGCGUCAGAAGGAACUCUGGGACGCGACCUUCGAGCGCAUUCAACGGUUCCUCCCAGGAUUUCUUGGGGAAGUUCUUCCUGAGCCCAUGCCGGCCCACAUGGCGCAGUCAAAGCCAUCGAUGCAGCCGUUGUCGGUCCCACCGACACCGGUACCGUCAUAAACGAUGCCCCACAUGCUCAGGUGCACAAGAUACUGGACAGUUCGGAGCAUCAAUGUAUUUAUUCACUCGUGUUAUUUCGUUGUACUGUGUCAUUCAUCACUACAUCAUUCGCUCAGUGGCUCACACUACAGGAACAGAUGUCACGGUUCGAUAUGUGCGCGACGUACUCUCCACGGAUAGGCUGAGACGCUUUUUGGCUCAUGUCAAACGACAACAGCCAUGAGGAUGGCGCAGUCGCGUGCGUCUGGGAAUAUGAUACAAUCAGCUCCAAACGCUUGCACUGACAGUGGUGUUGUUCAAUUUAUUCGCACGAGGGUAUAUAGGUAUAGUGCUCUAGACGUUUCCUAACG